GAACACCACCAGGCUCCUCCUCUCCAUGUUAAUGUGACAGUAGCAUCUCCAGCUCGGAGACAAUCCUCCUCUCAUUCAACUAUGUGAUCUGUUUUUCCCACACUGCUCCUCUCUUCUUCUUCUUCUUCCUCCUCCUCUCAUCCCCCUCUCCUCCUCCUCUUCUCCGGCUCAAUCAAUGCUCGCUCCCCGUCAGGCAGCUGCCUUUCUCCGGGGGAAGUUACUUUAAACAGUUCACUCUGAAGUUUACUUUUUUAGUUGUUUUAAAUAUAUAUAUUUGUAAUUAUCGGACAUGACCACUAUGGCAACUGCGGCUGCUCUGGCUCUGCUCCCCGCGGCUUCGCUCGGUCACCACCCGGCGCCGAGUUCCGUCUCCCCGGCCACCAACUCCCCGCCGCCCGCCGCCACCUCCGCAGCGUCCUCCCCGGCUCCUCCGGUGGCGCACCCGGCGCUGCUGCACCAGUUCCGCGCGGACCUCUUGCUGGCGAACGGCGCCGCGCUCAAGAGCGGAGGAGCCCCGGUGUCCGGCGGCGCAAAGCCCGUGUACGCCACCCCGUCGCCCGUGGAGAGCACGCCGCAGAACAACGAGUGCAAACUGGUGGAGGUGAAAGGUGCCAAGCUGGCCUCGUUCACGGUGAAGGACACGGAGCUCAUCUGUCUGCCCCAGGCGUUCGAUGUGUUCCUCAAGCACCUGGUCGGCGGGCUCCACACCGUCUACACCAAGCUCAAACGCCUGGACAUUUCCCCGGUGGUGUGCAACGUGGAGCAGGUCCGGGUGCUGCGGGGGCUCGGGGCCAUCCAGCCCGGGGUGAACCGGUGCAAGCUCAUCUCCAGGCAGGACUUCGAGACGCUCUACAGCGACUGUACCAACGCCAGAACUCCGAUGGUGACCAACUACAUGGGUCAUCAAUCCAAUACGCCACAGAGAUGUUUGGAUAAAGGGGCUAAAUUGGAUGGGAUUUGUGGUUUCCUGGUGCCUCAGUCGGCUGUUGUGGGGACCACAUGCUCCUAA